AUGCGGCGCGGCCUCUUCAUCUUCCUCCUCAUAAACACACUCAUCAUCCUCUUCCUCGUCCGGAGCGUCUUUACCCUCCUCACCCUCCUCGUCGAGGAUGCCACCGACGAUGCUAUCCAAAACGUCGAGCUACCCGGCGUCAACUCCAGCACCAUCAGCUACCGCCCGCAAUUGAUCCCAAAGAUCAUCCACCAGACCUACAAGAACGAAAGCAUACCUCAGAUAUGGGUCGGCCCUCGAAAUGGCUGCAUAGAAAUGCACCCUGACUACGAGUAUAUGCUAUGGACGGACGACAAGUCCAGGGACUUCAUCUCCGAACACUACCCUUGGUUUCUCACGACUUUCGACGGCUACCCAUUUCCCAUCCAACGAGCCGAUGCGAUUCGUUACUUCAUCCUCGCCCAUUAUGGUGGCACAUAUAUCGACCUUGAUGAUGGUUGUAAUCGACGCCUUGACCCGCUGCUCUCUUAUCCAGCCUGGGUACGCCGUACCGCCCCUACAGGCAUCUCCAACGACGCCAUGGGCUCUGUACCCAACCACCCAUUCUUCUUGCGUGUCAUUAAAUCGCUGCAGGCAUAUGACCGCGCCUGGGUCCUCCCUUACAUCACGGUCAUGUACUCGACUGGACCGCUCUUCCUCUCCGUCAUUUGGAAGGAAUACAAGAACACCGACCCCGAUGGUGUAAACCGCGUGCGUGUCCUGCUCCAGGAUGCAUAUAAUCGUCACUCCUGGAGUUUCUUCACCCAUCACCCGGGCAGCAGCUGGCAUGGCGAGGAUGCACAGUUGAUUUUCUGGAUGGGCGGACACUGGAUGCUUAUUACCUUCUCCGGUUUCUUGGCCGCAGGUAUCAUCGGUCUAGCCCUUUGGCGAAUAUAUCGCCGCGCGCUAUCCAUAGGCUCCAAGCACGUCCGCUAUACACCUCUUGCAUCAGGCACCUCAUCACCUCGCCGAUCCAUCUCGCCCUCCCGCCGAAAGAUGCGCAUUCUCCCACUCUUCUUCCAACGGUCGCAUGUUAAGAAGGAAGACGAAGAGAUUGCGCCAGACUCUCUGUACGAAUUGAGUAAUCGACAGUCAUAG